CCGAACGCGGAUUGCCAUUACCGCGCACCGACCGGGCUCAGUACCCGUCGAACCGCCGGACCCGCCGCAGUCAACCGCGUCUCCGAAUAUUAUUGACCGUUUUUCGCGCGGAACAACGUUAUCGAGUUGUGCCUGCCCGCCGGUAUUCCGCGACUUUACGUCGGCGGCGAAUUCGGUGUCGACAAUCCGAUCGUCCGGACUCGCGUCGUUGGUUAACGUUAUAAAUUAAUUACCGAGAUCGAAUUCGCGAGAUCGGAAACCCUGUCGUCGAACGCGCGCGUUUCGGUUCCCGAAAGAUUAUCGGCAUUGCAGCAAUUCGGCGUACGGGUCGUCUGGACGAAUCGGUACGGCCCCUGCCGCGUUAUCACGUCUUAUCGGUUAUUUGACCGCCAUCGUCUGUUAUCACCGCGUUUUAUUUACUAUCCGCACCGUAAUUAUCACUCCGAUAACGACGUAUAAUUAACGUACGCCGUCUCAAAUUUCGCAAUUACCGAUUCUCAUUCCGACACAACCGAAUAGGACACAUUAAAAAUACAGAUUCCGAGCCCGAUCAUUAUUUUUUUAUGCCAUUGGCCGUGCUGCGCAAAUCGUUUGUCGCGGGUAAGUCGCCAGCAACACACGUCGCCGUCCGACAGUGUUUCAAAAUGACCACUGUGAACUUUACGGUGGGACUACCAAACUGCCGGACACCAUCCGGCGCUGACAAAGUACAAAACGUAUCCAAAAUGUGUGCCGCCCACACGGCCGUCGACAAACACGUCAAGGUAAUUAAACAAACGAAAAUUUAAAAUUAUUUUUUUUUUGUUUACCCGAUUUUCGUAAAACGUGCGUUAUAGAAUGGGAUGAAACUGGGCAUCGGUAGCGGUUCGACCAUCGUGUACAGUAUUCAACGAUUGGGUAAGGUCAUUAAACAUAUGUAUUACUCAAACUGUAGUUAGCCUCUAAGUAGUUGCGUAUGUUUGUUGUACGCGUAGCCAUAUUUUAAUGUGUAUAGCCCAAAGAGUGAAAGACGAGAGUUUGGCCGUUGUCUGCGUGCCGACGUCUUAUCAAGCACGUCAACUGAUCAUCGAUCAUAAUUUGCCUCUGGGCAACUUGGACACACACCCUAUCGUAAGUAUUGGAAAAUUAAAACAUAUUACAAUGUUUUUAUAAUUUAAAAAAUUUAGUUGGAUUGUACGAUUGAUGGUGCCGAUGAAAUUGAAACCGGCACAUUGACUUGUAUAAAGGGUGGUGGCGGAUGUCUUACCCAAGAAAAGAUCGUGGCUUCUUGCUCUAAACAAUUAAUAAUUGUCGCCGAUGGAGAGUAAGUAUAAAUGUUAAUUAAUAUUUAAGUUUUGAGUUUGCUAUUGAAAUUCUACGUGUAUAUAUACAUUCGAAUACUAUUUAGAAAAGAGGUUAGUAAUUUGGGUGAAAAAUGGAAGAAAGGCGUACCUAUUGAGGUUAUACCAAUGGCGUAUAAACCAAUUCAGCAAAAAAUCGAAACAAAAUACGGUGGUGAAGCUAUAUUGAGGAUGUCCGCCGACAAAGCGGUGAGUUAAAAUCAUUUCAAUGUGGCGUAUAGAUAGUGAAGGUUAAAUUUGUAUUUUAUUUUUAGGGGCCUUUGGUUACAGACAAUGGAAACUUUUUAUUGGACUGGGUGUUCCCAAAUGUAAAAUAUUGUUGGUCAUCCGUGCACAAUUACUUAAAACUGAUCCCGGGUAUGUUGUGUGAAUUUGAUUUCCUUGUAUUUUUUUAUUAAAUCAUUAUACUGCAUCCUUCAGGAGUUGUCGAAACUGGACUGUUCAUCGACAUGACCAAUGAAUGUUUGGUCGGUGAUGCUCAAGGCAAUGUACGAUCACUGUUGAAGACUGUACAAAGCAUAGAAUUGUAAGACAUAUACUUAUGAGAUGUUUGUAUGUGUGUGUGUUUAGAAGUCAAAAAUAAUUUUAGUCGUUAAUCAUAAAUUUGCUGAAUGUGAAAUUUGAUAAUUGUAUGUUAUUUCAUUAUCAAUUCAGCUAAUAUCAUUUUUUUUUUUUUACUUCUUUAAAUUCUUUUUUUUCGCUAUUUUAUUAUUUUUACUUUCAUUUCAUAGUUUUUUUUAAAACAUUGGCCAUAAUCAGUUAUAUUUAUUUUACUUCAACAAAUGUAUUGUUAUAUUUUAUUUGUUAGUGUUUACAAUAUGACAAGUUAUAAGUAUGUUAAAUAAACACACAAAAAUUGAAUUAAAAAUAAUUGGCGUUGAUAAUAUAACCAUCAGGUUUUGUUGAAAAAAAUAUUACAUUAUAGUUCUUAAUGUACCUGGCUA